AUGAAGCACCUCGCAGCUUACCUUCUCCUCGGCCUUGCCGGAAACUCCUCCCCAUCCGCCAGCGACAUCAGCGCUGUUCUCUCCUCUGUCGGUAUCGAUGCUGACAACGAGCGCGUUGAGAAGCUUCUCGCUGAGCUCGAUGGCAAGGACAUCCAGGAAUUGGUUGCCGAGGGUGCCACCAAGCUCGCCUCCGUCCCAAGCGGUGGUGCCGGUGGUGGUGCUGCUGCUCCUGCCGCUGGCGCUGCUGCUGGCGGUGACGCUGCUGCUCCCGCUGAGGAGGCCAAGAAGGAGGAGCCAGAGGAGGACUCCGAUGAGGACAUGGGCUUCGGUCUCUUCGACUAA